AUGCCGCUUUUCUCUAAAAUCGAUUGCUUUUAUAAUGGCACUUGUCCAGGCCUCUCACUUUCAGACUCACUGCACACAGCAAUUUUGGCUUCCAUACAUUUUCUUAUCACUCACUGGCUCAUCAAAGUCUUCAUAACAAGCUGUAACACAAGACUUGGAAACUCACUGGCUAAACGGCUUGACAAAAGGGGAUUCUGUGUCACUGACACAUGUGCCAGAGAAAAAGGAGGCCAAGAGCUAUGCUCCUCACUCUCACUGAAAACAGUGAACCUGAACUUAGCUGACUCCAACAGCAUUGCCAGGUCUGUGGUGUUUGUGACCAAAGAGGCAGCUGGCAAGGGGCUUUUUGGCUUGAUGAGCAAUGCUGAAGGAACAAUACCUAUAGUACCCACUGGCUGGCUGAGAAUUGAAGACUUCCACUCAGUGCUGGAUUUUAGACCCCUGGAAUUGAUCAAAAUCACACUCAAUCUUCUGCCACUUCUGAGGAAAGCUAAGGGAAGAGGAGUCAAUCUAAUUAAUACCAAACCCCUCAUGGCUUUUGUAGGGGGUGGCUACAGACUGUCCAAAUGGGGCACGGAAGCUUUCUCUGACACCUUACAGAUAGAGGUGCAGCAUUUUGGAGUAAAAGUAAGCAUUAUCAAGCAUGAUUUCCUUAAUGCAAGAGUACUUAAUUCAGAUGUCAUCGAGAAAUAACUCUUAAGACUUUGGAAGAGACUGAUUCCUGAGAUCAGGGACUCUUAGGGAAAAAAAUACUUUUUUGAAUAUAUAAAAGCUCAAAGAUCAAUAGUGAACAGACUGUGUGACACUGAUAUUUCUAAGGUCAUAAAAUGCACGGAACAUGCCCUGAUAGCAAAGUACCCCAGGACAUGAUACAGAGCUGGAUGGGAUGCAAAGUUCUUUCGGCUGUUUGUCUCCUAUGCCCCAAGCUGUUUAUCUGACAUGCAGCUGUGUAUGACAUUCCCAGCUCCAGCAACUAGUGGGAGAUCAGUUCCUGGAGUUCUAAUUAACAUUUAGUAUUAAACCAGUAUAUUGUUUGUGGAAAUAAAUAUUAAUUCUGUCAAAACCAGACACCCUCCUCUUUACUAGGUACUAGACUGCUUAAACUCCUUUCAGAAGACACUUUCUCCACCCCUCCUUACCUGA